AAGCACCUCCCGCAAAACGUCUCCACGCUUUCAGUCGAGUUGACGGUGAGUGUAAGAAAAGAUCAUGGGAUCCGUGGCGUCUGCGUUGUUGGGAGGGGGAGACAAUACUCCCGAAGGCGAUUCAUCAUCGGAGGAAUCGCGAGUGAUCGAAUUCCAUUCUUCUAACCGCUGGCAGCUCCAUUACAAUCAGUCAAAACAAUCCCCUAAGCUGAUGGUGGUAGAUUUCUCGGCAACAUGGUGUGGACCUUGCAAGAUGUUAGAGCCCUUUAUCCGCUCUCUCGCUUCUAAAUAUCAAGAAAUCGACUUCAUCAAGAUCGAUGUCGAUGAGUUAAAGGAUGUGGCACAAGAAUUCGGGGUGCAGGCAAUGCCAACAAUUGUAGUGCUAAAACAAGGAAAAGAGGUGGAAAGGGUUGUUGGUGCGAAGAAGGAUGAACUGGAGCAGAAGAUCCUCAAGCACAGGGAAGUUCCUAAAUUUGCUGCUUAAUUUAUCUGAAAGUUUGAUUGUGCUGGAAAAAGUUAAAAGCUAUUUUCAGAAUUUGGAAUCAGAAUUGUAUCAAAUAAGAUGGUAUUUUCAGUAUGAAUAUUCAAAUGCUUUUCAAUCAAUUAAAUAGUGGCGUUGGUAGAGGGUGGGUGACUUUGUCCACUUCGAUCUUAGAC